AUGCCGACGACCGUGGAUUUCGACGCCAUCAAAGUAGAGCUCCGCGACGCUGUCGACAAUACAAUAUCGGCACAGAGCAAUGGUAGCUCGAAGCAGAGACUCAUCAAGGUACGACCUGGCGAGAAGUUUUCGGUAUGCGUGGACUUCGGUGAAGUCACUGGGCGCGCACCCGGCAGCUACAGCGUGCAGAUUUCUCUGUCGGUGAGCGCGAAGAAGCGAGAGAGAGGAUGGCAGCGGCAGGACUGCAAGAAGCGCCACGCGAAUCAGGCCGGAGAUCAAGAGGAAGGCACGAUCAAAGUCACCAUCUCUCGUGUUAACAUAGGAUAUGGCGCUGGCACUGCAGAAAACGAACUUCGACCGGAAGUUCCACACGGCGCUAUAAAGCAGGAAGACCGAUCCAUCGGUAAAGAUGUCUUCGUUGUCGAUCCAGGAACUUUCACCGACAGGCCGGCUUCAGCCAAAGCAAAAUAUGACAGUGAUGAAGAUGAGCCCAACAAAAAGCAGAGUCGGAACAUGUUCCCGGAAUCUCCUGUCGUGCAAGGGACUCAACGUCGCGCUGCUGCGGCGAAGGCCGAUGCGAAACUGGAAAACAUGAGCAGAGAUCAAGAACAGCUCGGGAUGAUACUCAGUUCGGAACCGGAAGAGGACGGACCGCCGACACAAGCGUACAGUGAGGAUGUAGUUUCGCCACAGACAACGCGCAAGGCCCGGCAGGGUCGCACAGCACGCAAGCAGCCUUCACGUCCCCAGAGCGGCCUCAGAAAUGCUCGAAAAGACAAAAAGCCCGGUCAUGAUUCUGCAGAUGAGAAUGACCAUCGACCUGAACACGUCACAACUCCGAAAGCCCGCCAGUACCGCAACGCACACGAGGCUCCGCGAUCACCCGGUAGCCAGAAGGCCCACAGUGAUAAACACAGCGCUCUUCGACCACGCGCGACGAACAAAACCAGACGCACAAGGGAAAGGUUGGGCAAGGCUCCAAGCGCAGCAGCUCCAUUUCACGCAUCAGACGUCAAGCAAGUCAAGGCAACCCCAAAGGCGGUAAACGCAAGCGUAGCGGAGAAGCGGUCGCCCCGAACACUGUGGCUCAAGAUUCAGCGACAGCUGUCGAUAGCCCAAACUUCCCCGGAGACGGAGAACCCAAGAUCAGUUCUCCAAGACCACAUGCUGACAGCGGGACUCCCUUCAGUGAGAAUGCGGAAGAGGUCGAUGGGAUCUUUGUGUUCUCGAGAAUUCCGCAACAGUCACAGCUUAAUCCGCGGUCCGACGCUGGCGAUGCCCUCGUGA